UUAUAGCAAAAAUCUCAUCCGAAAUAUUUUCCCAUAGAAAAAAAUAUUAAAAAAAACGCAAUAGAAAAGAUAUCAAAAUCCAAGAGAGGCGAUUCUUCGCUUUGCCUUCAAAUCUCAACAAUUUCUCCUCCCUUGCCUUCCUAUGUUCUAAUAUCGGGAAUAGUGGAAUCUCCAAAACGUGUCUGUGAUUUUGAUUGUUGGGUUCUGUUUUCCCUUAAAAAAAAGAUUUCGACUGAAAUCGAUGUGGGUUUGAGCGGGUUGGGCAUGAAUUGAAGUUGAAUUUUCGGAUAAUUCGGAAAUUUUGAAUCCUUUGUUGUCGGAAUUGUGGAGAUUAGGGUUCUUAACUUUUGCUGUGGGAAUAUGGAGAAGUACGAGCUGGUGAAGGACAUUGGUGCCGGGAAUUUCGGCGUGGCUAGGCUCAUGAGGAUCAAAAACACCAAGGAGCUCGUUGCCAUGAAGUACAUCGAACGUGGCCCAAAGAUUGAUGAGAAUGUUGCAAGAGAGAUCAUAAACCACAGAUCUCUUCGCCACCCGAAUAUAAUCCGGUUUAAGGAGUUGGUUUUGACGCCGACCCAUCUCGCCAUUGUCAUGGAAUAUGCUGCCGGAGGUGAGCUUUUUGAGCGUAUAUGUAGCGCGGGGAGAUUCAGCGAAGAUGAGGCAAGGUACUUUUUCCAACAGCUUAUAUCAGGAGUCAGCUAUUGCCAUGCUAUGCAAAUAUGCCACAGAGAUUUGAAGUUAGAGAAUACCCUCUUGGAUGGAAGUCCUGCUCCACGCCUGAAAAUCUGUGAUUUUGGUUAUUCUAAGUCUUCUCUGCUGCACUCGAGGCCAAAGUCUACAGUUGGAACUCCGGCUUAUAUUGCACCUGAAGUCCUUUCUCGCAGAGAAUAUGAUGGCAAGAUGGCUGAUGUAUGGUCUUGCGGUGUGACUCUGUAUGUUAUGCUCGUUGGAGCAUACCCAUUCGAAGACCAGGAGGACCCGAAAAACUUUAGAAAAACGAUUCAAAGAAUAAUGGCUGUACAAUACAAGAUUCCGGACUAUGUCCAUGUAACUCAAGACUGCAAGCAUCUGCUUUCUCGCAUAUUUGUGGCGAACCCGGCAAAGAGGAUCGCCAUUGCGGAAAUCAAGAAACACCCGUGGUUCAGGAAGAACCUCCCAAGGGAACUCACGGAGACAGCUCAGGCUGCUUACUACAGGAAAGAAAACCCGACAUUCUCUCUCCAAAGCGUCGAAGAGAUAAUGAAGAUUGUGGAGGAGGCAAAAGCCCCUCCCCGGGUUUCGAGAUCCAUCGGGGGAUUCGGGUGGGGAGGAGAGGAAGAUGCCGAGGCAAAGGAGGAAGAUGCAGAGGAAGGGGAAGGGGAAGGGGAAGAAGAAGAUGAAUACGAGAAGACAGUGAAAGAGGUACAUGCAAGUGGAGAAGUUCAUGUCAGUUAAAAGAAGUUUGGUAAUGUUAACUAGCAAGAAAGCUUUGGUUUGGUUUCCUUUUAUUAGACUGUCUCUUGAAUUUUGGUUUGUUCGUGUUACUGCGUAAUGUUUGGGAUAAGUGUGAUUUUGGUGUCAUUGUGAAGAUAGUGAAGAGGACAGAUGGGGUUUUGAUGAGUUGUUAAUUGUUAUGAUCAUAGGUCAUCUUGGGUGUUUGAAUGACUGCUCUUGUAAAUCUUGAAGGAUGUGAAUACGGAAUGAGGCUUUCUGUA